AUGCCCGCGACGCCGCCGCCGCCAUCCCCAGAAGUCAUAGAGGUGCCAGACAGCUCGCCGGAGGAACCGGCCGCUAAGCGCCGGCGGGCGAUCCUGGCCGCGCUCAGCGGCGACGACACGAGGAAGCGCAAGUCUACCGACCUGGACUCGAAACAAGAGACCGUACCGGACACGUCAACUGACGUGAAGCGGCGUAGGGAAGGUUCCAUGACGCGAUCUCGCGAGACGGAGCGCAUGCUGAAUAGUCUGGGCAAACAGUCCAACCCGAUCACGCACAGCGAGGCGUUCGCGCGUACUCGGCACGUUCACUCAUGCUCGACGGGACACCAGCAGCGCGGCGGCGACAGGGGGUUCUACACGCAGGCGCGGGCUAUUGGACUGGCCGAAGCCGCUCGCCAGAACGGUGGUCGCGAGAUGACGUACUGGGACGUGCGGACCAAGAAUGUCGAGGACGCGGCGAGGACAAAGCUAACGGACAGGAGACUGACAUUUUUGGUGAGCUAUUCUUUCGGCGAACUGGAGCUGACAGCAGCCGGCUGCCUGAUUGCCAUUAACGGCCCGACUGGUCCUCGAGCGUCCAACCUGCAGGUGCAGAAUAUGAUCACGGCCAAUGGCGGCCGAUACGUUCCGCACCAGACGUCGCGAUGCACGCAUGUCGUCGCUGAGCGCCUGUCGGGCACCAAGUCACAGAAGUACAUCAAUGGACAGGGAAGUCGUGGUGCUGCCCAGCGUACGCGCGCCGUCAAGGUUGACUGGGAAGAGGCUGAGUGA